UAGACAUUAAAUCGAAUAGAUGUUCAAAUUUAAUGUUUGGAAAUAAUUGACAUUGGUUGUACUGCUCUAUAAAUUACCCCAGAUGGCGCACAAGGAGAGGCAGCCACAGGAGCGCAAGCAGAGACUUUGCAACAUGAACACACCGGUUCGUCCUCGCUCUCUUUGCACCUGCAGCCGCCCCUCCGGUGCUCUUCUUCUCUGUGCGACGGAGGUGGGCACCGAGAGGCGGCUGGUGGACGCAUGGCGGUCUUGAGCACCUGGACAGAGCCCUGCACCUACGGCCAAGCCAUUCCAGGUGCCAGGCAGAGACAGAGCUAUGGUGAUACUCCGUUAUCAUAUGUCGUAUCAGAAGAGUGCGGUGUGGUUAACGGAGCCGCAGCAACCUAAAUGACAGCUAUUUCGAUUAAAAAAAAAAGGACGGGCUAGUGAACCCGAUCACUGUAGGGUAAGAAUAGUGUAGCCUCUGGAAUUCUUAGGACAAUACUUUUUUGGCCUUUAUUGAAGUUGUAAAGGAUGGAGAAAGGCGCAGCGCACAAACCGCAGCCGUCCAAAAGGGCAGACAGUCACGCGGACGACAUCGCCAAGGUAGCCGACGAGGAGCUGCUCCUGUGGAGCAAAGACGAGCUGGUGAGACGGUUGCGGAGGACCGAGGCAGAGAAGAGAGGCGUCAUCGUGGAGCACGGGAACCUGAUGCGGGAAGUGAACAGAAGGCUCCAGCAACACCUUAAUGAGAUCCGGAGUUUGAAGGAUGUGAACCAGAAAUUGCAGGAAGAUAACCAGGAGCUUCGGGACUUGUGCUGCUUCCUGGAUGAUGACCGUCAGAAAGGGAAACGGGUGACACGAGAGUGGCAGCGCCUUGGUCGCUACAGCAGUGGUCUGAUGAGGAAGGAGGUGGCUAUCUACCUGCAGAAGCUGAAGGAGUUGGAACAGCGGCAGAGUGAUGUUAUGCGAGAUAAUUUGGAGCUGAAGGAGGUGUGCCUCAUGCUGGAGGAGGAGAGAGCUGCUGCUACUGCUUUAGGGAGUAGUGCCUGGAGGCAAGAGGGGAACGGCUGUAGGACUUCCAUUGACAGUCAGAGCAAUCUGUCACAGCUCGGGGGAGGGCUACCUGCACCCGGCCUGUUGCGUGAUGUUGGUGAUGGAAGCAGCACUUCCAGUACGGGAAGCACAGAGAGCCCUGAUCUUGCUCAGCAAAAACUCUCACCUUUGGGUUCCAGUGCGAGCCCUAGAUCAAGAUGUUCUCUCCUGGAACCACCUGACAGACUGGGAGAUCUGUGCGAUUCCACAGGCAGGAGGCAUAGCUCCACUCCAGAAUACCACACCUUCCCCCAGCCAUGCCGCCCACGAGGUGGCUCCCUCACCAACCUGGACCCUCAAGACUUUGGAGGACACAGUCCGGAAAAACAAAACAAAUCUCCCAAAAGGCAAACAUGCAAUUUCCACCGCAAGGCUUGCAGCUCUGACCUACUUGUCCAGAAGCAGUUAUUAAUUUUAGGGCAAGUAUCACCAGGGUGUGGGAAGAGCAUGGCCAAGUCCAAUCCAGAGUUGAGUCAAAGACACUGUACAGAUAACAUUAUGGGGGCAAGCUGUGGGAGCCCCGAGGCAAAGAAAACAGUACUCGGAACACCUGAGCAUCUAAGGAAAGGGAGAGUGAUAAUGGGGAGUCCAGAGUCUAUACGACCCCUCCAUCACUUUAAAGUCAGUCCUGGGCUGGAAUACAGUAUGGGAGGGAAUAGUGGAGGCUCCCCGAACCGGGAUGCGGUUCACAGGAGGGCUGCUGGAGAGGAGAUGUCGCCCCAACACCAGAGUCUGUACAACGUUCUGAUAUCCGCUGGCUGCUGCACCAACUCCUGCAGGAAUGUAAAGCUUUGGGACAGCUUUGGUGGCUCCUGACCGCACAUGCCUCUUGAUCAGAUGCUGCUUGACAACACACACUCCAGAGAGAAAGAGGGGGAGAGAGAGGUUAUUAGCACAUUUAUGGAUGGAAGGACACGUGGACACAAGUGAAGGGGUAAAUGGUCACGAAGUUCUUAAUCAAUCAAUGGAGGUUGAAGCAACUGCUGCCCUACUGGCUGCUGCUGUGUAUUUCUGUUAACCACUACAAAUGACUGAAAUCAUUUUAUUUAUUUGGUUUGUGUAUAUUUUGAGACACCAACUUCUGAAUUGCCAAAGUUAAGAACCUGCAAACAAUGAAAAUGCUCAUAAUAGAACAGUUCUACAUCUGUGUAAAAAUAGAGAGUGAGUACUUUCUCGGGGAACACAGUGUCACACAGUAGGACAUUCAAGUAAUGAUAAAAUUGUUGUUCUGUUGUUACGGCUGGCAUUAAAGCACAAGGAGUUACACAAUCAUGAUUAUGUCAUUGUUAUGGUACGUACACACCAAAUCCGUUGCGAGCCUGACUGGCCGUUGCGAGGCAAAGCGCGAAUAGACUAAAUGAGUGGAUUUUUGGUGCGCGUGCACGCUCCCAGCCACUCCAAACACGUCAUCCCCCACGCCCCCUCACGCAUCCGCACCCCACCGCACAAACUGUAUUGACUUUAAUUGAACUGCACUCGCAACGGAUUUGGUGUGCACAUAGCAUUAGGCAAAUGGUUCACGUUGUAGCUCACUUGUACUCUGCUGGCCGAGACUCAAUUCUACGUCAAUGCCCCUUUCGCGAAUUUUCAUCACUAAUUUUAGACUUAUUUUGUAGCUUGCGUCGACCACCGCGAAUCUGUUCAGUAUUGGCUGCACUCGUAGUGCAAAUAAUAAUGAUAAUAAUCGUCAUCAUAAAGCAUCAGGGGUUACGCCAAAGGAAGCUGCGGCUGCGACUCUCAUUGAAGUGAAUGUGACCAUGCGCUCGUGAAAAUAUUUCCAUCAAGUUUCAAGAUUUACAAUAAAUAUUGUUUUUAGAGUUGAGAGCACUUUGGCUGGUUCUACGCUAGUGUAUUUUAAUGCGGCCUUCAAUAUCGGCCUAAAUAUCUCCCUAAUUUUGCAGGAUCGGUCCAAUAGAAGCCAUUUUUUAAUAUCGGGGCCGAUAUUUGCGUACAAUCUGAAAAUCUAUCUUUCCCGGAUGCGUUGAUGUACAGAACAGAUUGGUGUGUUUAUUUAAAUUCCU